AUGGAUGAUAUGAUUAUCAUUGGAGAUGACCCCACGGGUAUUUCUAGUCUCCAACAGUUUCUCUGUUGCCAGUUUGAGAUGAAAGAUUUGGGUUUGCUUAGCUACUUCCUUGGCUUGGAAAUUUCUCAAGAUUCAUCUAGUUACUUCCUUACCUGGGCCAAGUAUAUUUCUAAUCUCUUGGCUCAUGUUGGCCUUACCGAUUGCAAGACUACUGCUACUCUCGUUAAUCCUCAAACUCGUCUUACACCUCUUGAAGGUUCCUUAUUGUCUAAUGCCACUUUAUAUCGUCAGCUAGUUGGCAAUCUUAUCUAUCUCACAGUUACUCGUCCAGAUAUUGCUUAUGUUGUUCACAUUGUCAAUCAAUUCAUAGCUGCUCCUCGGUCUCCACACUAUGAUGCUAUGAUUUGCAUUUUGCAUUAUCUCAAAAGCACUCUGUUUUAUAGUCUUCACUACUCCGCCCAAUAUUCUCUACAACUUCAUGCCUUUUCUGAUGUAGAUUGCGCAGGGGAUACUGCUAAUCAUCGUUCCACUACUGGGUUCUGCUUCUUCUUGAACAACUCCCUCAUUACCUGGCAUAGCAAGAAGCAAACUCUUGUUGCUCGUUCUAUUUCUCAUUUUGCUGCCAUCAAUCUUUGUGAUAACCAAAGUGCUAUUCAGAUUGCAUAUGUCUUCUAUGGUUGCAUCAAGCAUAUUGAGAUAGAUUGUCACUUCAUACGCCAGUAUGUUACUAGGGGCACUGUUCGUCUUCUCUUUGUUACCUCUGUUGAUCAGACCGCCGAUCUCUUCAACAAAUCUCAUCAUGGACGCUUCUCUAAUCUCCUUGCCAAGCUCAAGUUGAUAUCUGCCUUUCCACCUUGA